CCAACCCUCAUGGUAAAUCUUAAAUCACGUGGCAUGAUAUAUGUUGAAACUAUUGGGGCCAAAACAACACCAUGGCCCCGCUGCUUCCCUCUCCCCUGCCCAAAUCGCUACCCAACUUGCCGCUUCUACUAGGAGCAACAACUCUACUUCUGCUGAUGAUGUUGGCCAGAGGCUUGAUCCAAUUCUCCACCUGCUAGCUUCCCACUCUAUCCUCACUUCUUCGACUAGAAACGUCGAUCACGGCGGCAGCGGUGAUGGGUUCCAGAGAUCCUACAGCCUGGCGUCCGUGGCGAAGUAUUUCCUCAAGGAUGGGAACAAAACAGGGUCUCUGGCUCCUCUGUUGUCCAUGAUUCCGGACAAAGUCGUUCUUGAUGCCUUAUAGGUGCAACACUUGCAAUGGAGCACACUCCCAUUUCUUAUGGGUUAAGGCCUCCAAGCAAUGGAGGCUGCUUUGAGGAGCUUCCUAGGGAGACGAUCGGCUCACCACUACCAGCCGCAGCUACGCCGGAGCGUGGAGAAGAUGUCGACGGAGGCGGCCGCCGGUUCCCCCUCCUCUUUUGCGCAGAGACUCAGAGAUCUGCCCAAACAUCUCCCCGGCACUCAAAUCAAACCCCGACAUGAGG